AGCAAUGAAUGAUAUUGGGGACUAUGUUGGUUCCAAUCUGGAGAUAUCCUGGCUCCCCAACCUGGAUGGCUUGAUAGAGGGCUAUGCUCGCAACUUCCGGCCUGGCAUUGGAGGGCCUCCUGUGAACGUGGCCCUCGCCAUCGAGGUGGCCAGCAUCGACCACAUCUCGGAGGCGAACAUGGAGUACACCAUGACCGUGUUCCUGCACCAGAGCUGGCGGGACAGCCGGCUGGCCUACAACCACACCAACGAGACGCUGGGCCUGGACAGCCGCUUCGUGGACAAGCUGUGGCUCCCGGACACCUUCAUUGUGAAUGCCAAGUCCGCCUGGUUCCACGAUGUGACUGUGGAGAACAAGCUCAUCCGGCUUCAGCCUGACGGGGUGAUCCUGUACAGCAUCCGCAUCCGGUGAGCCCCGGACCCCCCCUGCAAUCCUGCACAGCAUCUGCUGAGCCCCGGACCCCCCUGCAAUCC